GUGAGUUUCCGAGUUGAAGUUUAGCUGUGUGAAAAAAAGCUUUACCUCACUCACUCAUUCAUCCCUCCGUCUUUUUUCAACCACCUUUUUUCCACCUUUUUUUUUUCGACUCAGAAAACAGAGCAGACCCCCUUUUUCACGAGCACCCACAUAAAAAACCUCCCAAAAUAAUAAUCACCAAAAAAGGAAAUAAAUAAAUAAAACCUGUUUAAUGUUUAUGUUAUAAAUCAUUAGGUUUUGUUUGUUUUCCCAUUAAAAACCCCCAAAAUUUUAUCCUUUUUUCUUUAAUUUAAUUUUUAGCUUUUACUCACUCCCACCCAACUCAACUGACCUUAUCAUUUUUUUUUUGCUUUACUAAUGCUUUUUUAGUCUUAGUAUUUAGUUCCAGUUUUUCCAGAGUACAAAAAAAAGGGGCAUAAUUUGCUUCAAUCUUUUGUCCUUUUUCUUUUUUUAAAUCCCUUUUUUUCCCGAAGCUUACAUGUGAAGCAAAAAAAAAAAAAAUUUGGGGUUGAAUGAAUGAACCCAUCGUGAUCGAAUUUACUCUCUCAACUGCAAUUCCUUUGAUGGGUAUUUCUUGUUCUUUCCUUAAAUUAGUAAGAAGGAAAUGAAACAAAUGGGUUUUUUUCCUCUCUCCAUUUUCUUGUUAAAAACUUGAUCUUUUUUUGAGGUGGAUCCAAAGAGUUUUUUUAAAAGUGGGGGAGAAUGGAGGAUAUAGGGCUUUUUAAGCAAGGUUUUAAAUGGUUAGAAUCUCAGAAACAUGUUUAUUCCAAGGCCAAAACGGCGGUUACUUAUUGUAGAGAUAAAAUGGGGUUGUUAAUGGAGAGGCAUUGGCCAAUGGUUUGUAGUGGAUGUGUUGGUUUCUGCAAGUUUUUGAAGCUGGUUUUGGUUUAUUGGAUAGAUUGUUUAGUGAGAGGGUUUCAAUCGUGUAGCAGAUUGGGUUCGGCUUCUUUGCUUGUAAUAAUGUGGAGUUGUUUCCUUAGCUUGACUUCCAUGUCCUGCUUGCUUUAUGUGCUUUUAAGCAUGGGAGCUGCUGGAGCUGCUGUUCAGUACUUGGGUUACACACCUGGCCUCUUUAUUGUAGGACUGUUCGGCAUUUUGGUAUUAUGGAUGUAUGCUAACUUUUGGAUAACAGGAACAUUAUUUAUAGUUGGAGGUUAUUUGUUCUCCUUAAGCCAUGCGAGAUUGAUAGUCUUAAUAGCGACUGUGUACUCUGUGUAUUGUGUCAAAAUUCGAGUUGGGUGGAUUGGUGUUUUUCUAUCAAUAAACCUUGCAUUUCUAUCGAACGAUGUAGCGGAUUAUUUGCUGAAAUGUUUUGAUAACGUGAAUGAAAACAUGCACUUUGAAGAGCAAAAGGAACCCAAACCAGUUAUGGAAGAUGAUUUGCCCGGACAAUGUGAAUACUCUAUUCCCUCUGAUGAACCGCAGAAGGUGUAUUCAUGCAAGUCAUCGAGCACAUCUGCUACUACAUCAGUUAUAAACCAAAAGGAGUUUUCUGCGAAAAGGGUGGUCAAGGAAGAUACGAGUUCGACUGAUGAAAUGAAAAGAAUAUUGAAUAGCACGGAUCAUUAUGAAGCAUUGGGGUUCCCUCGGCAUAUAAAAAUUGACUCUGGAAUCCUGAAAAAGGAAUACCGGAAAAAGGCCAUGCUUGUACAUCCUGACAAAAACAUGGGAAGUCCUUUAGCAAGUGAAUCAUUUAAGAAACUUCAAUGUGCUUAUGAGGUCCUUUCAGAUUCCACGAAAAAGAAGGACUACGAUGAGCAAUUGAGAAAGGAAGAAUCCAAAACUAGGAGUGUCUGUCAAAAGUCCCAUAGCUCUACACGCCAGCAGGCUACUUCAGAUCACCGCUCUGAAGAAUCGAGGCGUAUACAGUGCACCAAGUGUGGUAAUUCACAUAUAUGGGUUUGCACAAAUAGGAACAAGGCCAAGGCUAGAUGGUGUCAGGAUUGCUGUCAAUAUCAUCAAGCCAAAGACGGAGAUGGAUGGGUUGAGUACAAAGGUUCCUUGGUGUUUGAUAGGCCUCAAAAAGCGGAAAUACCACGGGCUUUUGUUUGUGCUGAAAGCAAGAUCUUUGAUGUUUCAGAAUGGGCUAUCUGUCAGAGAAUGGCUUGUAGACCAAACACGCAUCGGCCUAGCUUCCAUGUAAACAUGGUUGGUUUAGAAAAGACCCAAAGAUCAAAGUCGAGCCGAUAUCCUUGGGAUUUGGAUGCUGAAAUGAUCGACGAAGAUGAAGAAGAAUUCGAGUUAUGGCUACAACAAGCCUUGGCAUCCGGUCUCUUUUGCGAAACCUCUAAACGUAGAAAGAGCUGGAGUCCGUUUAAAUUGCCUCAGAAGAAAAGUAAAAAGCAAUGGAGAAGAUCUUCAACCUGAAAAUCUGAAAAAGGGCAUUUUUAAUGAAGAAAUUUUCUCUGCUUUUCCUUCCAGAAGAGAAAAAAAAAAACACUAUACCAUGCCUCCAACAAUGGAGUAUAAUGGUGUUUUGAAGGUGGAAAGCAAAAGAAAAAACAUGGGGGCUGAUCAGCAAAAUGCCCAAGUUUUCAUCAAAUUUGGAGAUGAAAUCAAAGGAGAAAUCAAGAUCAAAAUUGAUCUGCUUGUAUAUUGAUCCAAAUGUCUGAAACAUUCUUCUACUUAAUUAUUCGUAUUCGAUAUUUAAGUUCAACAUAUAUUUAUAUGCAGUUAUGGUGGUAUGAUCGUUUAAAAAUUCAUA